GUGACAGCCAAUGAGAUUGAAACAGGAAGCGAGAGGAUACAGGAUUUGACGGUGCUAGAGAUCCAGAUAAUGGACAACCACCGUAACAGUUUGUGCGCAGCUUGGAAGUAAAGCCAAAAGCAAACAGUCCUGGAAUACUACUGUGCUAACUUCAUCAUUCCCGAUGGCGCUACAGGAGAGAAUCAGAGUGGUGCUGCUGGCAUGUGGCUCCUUCAAUCCCAUCACCAAUAUGCACCUACGCAUGUUUGAGCUAGCACGCGAUCACCUCGAGGACACCGGAAGGUAUCGAGUAGUAAAGGGUAUCAUCUCUCCUGUUGGUGAUGCCUAUAAAAAGAAGGGUCUGAUUGAAUCGCGUCAUCGGAUCGAGAUGGCCAGAUUGGCGACAGAGGCCUCCAGCUGGAUCAGUGUGGAUGAUUGGGAGAGCCAGCAGACUGAGUGGGUGGAAACAGCCAAAGUUAUCAGACACCAUCAUGCUGUGCUGUCAGCAGCGGAAGACAACCAUGACAAGGUGGACACAGUGAAAUUCACAAAGAAGAGAAGACUGAAUAAGGAAAGUUCAUCAGAUCACAACACAUCAGAAACUCUUCAGCUCAAGCUGUUGUGUGGAGCAGACGUGCUGGAGUCCUUCAGCGUCCCAAAUCUGUGGAAGAAGGAGGACAUUUCAGAGAUUGUGGGCCGCUAUGGUAUUGUGUGCAUCACCAGGAACGGUUGUGAUGCAGAGAAGUUUGUCUACCAGUCAGAUGCGCUGCACGAACACCGUAAGAACAUCCACAUUGUGAGGGAAUGGGUGACUAAUGAGAUCUCAGCCACACACGUGAGGCGAGCUGUGCGCAGGGGACAGAGCGUACGCUAUCUGCUGCCUGAGCCGGUGGUGCACUACAUCCAAGAUCAUCAUCUCUACAGUGCUGAGAGUGAGCAGAAGAAUGCAGAUGUCAUCCUUGCUCCUCUUCAGAGAUACGGCAGCACUAAUGAAUAAGCUGCUGUACUCUGUGUGUGUGUGUGUGUGUGUGUGUAAGCUGCUGAACACUACACAGAGUUAAUGCACUUCACCAGCUGUAAUGAAAUUUUUGAUUCUGGUAAUACAGUAUAUAUUUUUUUUAGAAUGUUUGAGACUAGUCUGAAUUCAUUCAGGAUUUCCUGAAUUACAAAUACAAGUGAAUUUUACAGUUUACACUUUAUACCUAGAGGUUGAAACAGAUUUUUCCUUAGACUCAUCUAAAUAUCAUAAUAUAGUUUGUAUUAUAUUAUGUUAUUUUUGGCCAACUGCUAAAAAAAAGGGUUUAAGACCCCAUGUUUUCAGUCCUGUUAUAGAUGCACAAUUGUAUGGCUUUAAUUUCUGAAUAAAUUUGUUGUGGGCAAACAAGAACAAAGC